AUGUUUAGUACAGAAAAAUCGAAGUUCACUCUGAUUCUCUCAGUCGACAUUCGAUUGGUUAUCACGUCAUCGUCAUACGGAUUCCAAGUGUCAGUUCUCUAUCCUUGGCAUUAUGAACUUCAACAAGAAUUCAAUGAAUUGCAAAUACAGCAAGACGCCAAACUGCGUCAAUAUCACGAACUGAAGAUGCAAACAAUAAAAAAUAUCGAAGAAAACUUAACAAAACUUCGUUUGGAAAAAGCAAACGAAGCUAAGAAAAAUUAA